GUGGUGGUUUCAAUAUGGAGUCAGAGUAGCGAUAAUAAUACUUUCAAUGCAAUGAAAUUUGCAGAUUUCUGGGAAUAUGCGUAAAAAAUAAAGGUGAUAAUUUGGACCCAGAUCUGGUAAUAUGGAGGUGGACAUCAGUAAUCUCAAACCUCCUAAAGGAGACAAUGCCUCCCUCUCUUCUGCUGGUCGAAAACCUAAAAAGAAAAGUGCGCUGGCAAAACUCGCCGAAAAGAAGCGCAGGUCAUCAGAGAGUGGCAGUGAACUGGGGUCAUGUGUGUCGCUACAGUCCAAUCAGAAUCAAGACAUCACCAAGGAGAAACCAGAAUCAGACGCCAAGGAAGAGAUGGAGGUAAAACUCGACAGCACCCAAACUUCAGAUGAAGUCCUGGAAAAUUCUAACAACAACCAGGCAGAGAAUUUAUCUAAUAAUGCAAACUACACAAAGCCAGGAUUACAGCGUGGGAAGAGGGUGUCCAACACAAAUGUGAAAAAAAAUCCCAAACCAGCACCCAGACUGAAGAAGCCUGAUCCCGAGAAAUGUGAUUGGGACCCCCCUCCCCCUCUUGAUGCAGACGACAAUGGAAGCAAUGGAACAAAAGCACCAUCUGAUGCCACUAUACACAGAUUCCGGGCCCUGAAAAUGGCUAAUGAUCCAAAGGGGUCAUUAGAGUCCCUAAAGAGUCUUCCUUUUCAGCCAAAACCACCUCAGACACCAAAAUCUGAUAGGAAAGUGAAGGGGAAAGGAAAUUCUAAAGGGGAAAAAAGAAACCGAGAGGCUGGUUCCUCUGGGGAGGAGAUAGAGGUCGAAACCAAGUCAAAGAAACAGUCCUCCUCCUACAUAAACAUUAAAACAGAAACAGAGAAGUACGGCAGAGAAAAAUCAGAUGACGAUGUGUUCAUGAAAGAUAACCCUAACAAAACUAUAGGUUCCAAUGCUGAUGUGUUAGAGAUAAACAAAAAGUACAAUGAAAUCCUACAAAGUGACAGUGUUCAAAUGGCCAGUCCUGGUAGUGCCAGUACCUCCAGAGGACUCCUCCCUCCUCUUUCCUCUAAAACUCACCUCCCUCCCCUUGGGGACAUCACCUCAACCUCGCUCAAGAUGACCAUGAAAACCGACCCCUCUUACCCUCAUCAGAAGUUUGAAGAUUCGCGGACAUUAGACAAUAUUUCUCAGAGGUCUCUGUCAGCAUCUUGUGCCAUGUUACCCAUCACCAUCAGAGAAGCCAGGGCAAGGACCGGCUCGAGGGGAGAUAUCAGUAUCACCUCCUCCCUCGUAGGGGCCCCAGAACUGGAGAGGUACUUCCCUGACCACCAACUCCGAAUCUGGGUAGGAAUCUGGAACAUGGGGGACAAGAAGGAGUGUAAGGACUCACUGCAGGACUUUAUCCUGCCAGUAGAGAGUGAAAUUAUGCAAGACGUGUAUGCUGUUGGAACUCAGGAAAACAAUAUUAUCAAAAAAGAUUGGGAGGUGCUGUUACAGGCCACGCUGGGACCUACGCACGUGCUUUAUCACUCAGCAUCCCACGGAUCCCUACAUCUUGCCAUAUUUUUACGCAGGGAUCUUAUCUGGUUUUGUUCAGUACCGGAUGAUGAACAAAUAUCCACUAGGGCUGUUACAAUGGUGAAAACUAAAGGAGCGGUAGCAAUCUCAUUUUAUUUUUUUGGAACCUCAUUUCUUUUUGUCAAUUGUCAUCUAACUUCUGAUGAUGGUCGUCUCAAGGAUAGGAUAACAGAUUAUCAUAAAAUCAGUUCCAGUCUAAAGAUGCCGAAAUACUCUCAUAAAGACCAGAAAAGUGUUCAAGGUGAUGCUCUCAAUAAAUAUGACCAUGUGUUUUGGUUUGGGGACCUUAAUUUUCGGAUAGACAAGGGACGUAAUACUGUAGAGGACUUAGUUAAAUCUAUCGUUGAGCAGGAACAUCCUAACUUUGAAUUUCUACUAGAGGGGGAUGAACUUAAUGACUGUAUAAAUAAAGAUCAAGUUUUCCAUGGAUUCUUAGAGGGACGCAUAAACUUUAAACCUACCUAUAAAUUUGAUUUACAUGUAGAUGAAGAUAGAUAUGAUACAUCUAGUAAGCUACGGAUUCCAUCCUACACAGAUAGAAUAUUAUUUAAACCUCGUAAGAAGAAUUCCAUAAGAUGUCUCCAUUAUGAUGCUGUUAUGAACCUGAGAUUAUCAGACCAUCGUCCAGUUUAUGGUCUUUAUGAAGCAAUGAUCAAACCUGGCAGAGACAAUAUUCCAAUGGCAGCUGGUCACUUUGACAGAGAUGUUUAUUUGGAGGCUAACAAGAAGUGGGACAUAAAUUUAGAACAUAAAGCCAAAAACCAGAAAAACAGUACAGUGUGUGCCAUACAAUGAGAAAAUGUAGAAAGGGAGAUAACCCAAUUUUAAAACUCAAAUAAAUAAGACUCAAGAGCAGACUGCAUUGGAAAGAAGACUGGAUGCCUGAUAAAAAGAUUUGUAGUUGGUUCAGCUAGAAGGCAGCUUCUCUUGAUUCCUGUUAGGACCAAGCUGAAGGAAAUGUUGAACAGGAAAUGUCUGUGUCAAGGAAGAGGUUAAUAUCACCCCAAAAAAUACAACCUGAAAGUUUGUUUAUCAAAAUCUUUAGGGCAUGAAAUAAUCUUUAAAUUUUUACAUCAGUGUGUAUUACAGAGAUUGGUGAGAGUUUCUUUUUGAAAACUUCAGGUAUUAAAUUUUUCGAGAUACAGUGGAUGUAUAAAAUGGCAUUUUAGUAGAAAAAAUAACAAAAUGUCAAUAAGAAUGCAAUGUUUUCUACAAGUAGAAGCUAUUAAGAAUGCAAUUUUUGUUACAAGCAUUAAUAUUUGUUGAAUUAGUAUUACAAGUACAAAUGCAAAUCCAUGUGCAAUACACAUGUUUGUAUUUGAUUAUUGCAUAUAAAAAUGUCCUGCCAUUUAUAUGGAUACCAAAAAGUUUAAAAAAGAGAAAUCGAAUACAAUGUACAAUGUACAUAUAUUUUCAAAUAAAUUAAUUGGGGUUCUUAAUAACAGAAUUGUAAUUUUAAUGAAGUGUGAUUUCAACGUUUUAAAGCUUUUAGCUA